GAGUCCAAUCCGUUUUCUCCGUCAGUUGGCAAAUAAAUUGGCCAUGAUUUCCAUUGGUAAUUACGAAUCUGCCACCUUUCCAUAAACUGUUUGAUUUCACUUUUUUCAGUUACUAAUCUCCGUUGUUUUGAUUCUCCGGUUGGUUACGUCAAAUGGAGCAGCCUCGAAGCGUCUCCGGGGCGUCGCUCAGCCCUAGAUCUCCGUCGUCGCCGCCGUUUCUGUCGAUAUCGGUUACUGAUCCUGUGAAAUUAGGCAAUGGCGUGCAGGCUUACAUAUCAUAUCGCGUCAUCACCAAGACAAAUUUCACUGAAUACCAAUGGCCAGAGAAGUUUGUUAUCAGGCGCUACAGCGACUUUGUCUGGUUACAUGGUCGUCUUUUUGAGAAGUAUAAAGGCAUCUUCAUUCCCCCUCUUCCGGAGAAGAGUGCUGUAGAGAAGUUUCGCUUCAGUGCUGAAUUUAUUGAGACGAGACGUCAAGGCUUGAACUCAUUUGUGAAUCGGAUAGCUUCACAUCAUGAGCUUCACCAAAGUGAGGAUCUUAGAACCUUUUUGCAGUCAGAUGAAGAGACAAUGCAGAGGCUGCGAUCAUAUGAGACUGGUAUUUUUAUAAAGAAACCAGCAGACCUGAUGCAAAUCUUCAAGGAUGUGCAACUGAAAGUGAGUGAUGUUAUUCUUGGAAAGGAAAAACCAGUUGAAGAAUCAAAUCCUGAAUAUGAGAAACUUAAACACUAUAUCUUUGAGCUUGAAGCCCAUUUGGCUGAAGCUCAAAAGCAUGCAUAUCGUCUUGUAAAGGGACACAGAGAUCUGGGACAAUCCCUUUCAGAUUUUGGGAAGGUAGCAAAACUUCUUGGUGCUUGUGAAGGAUAUACUCUUGGAAAAGUAUUUUCAGAGCUCGGAGCUAAAUCUGAGACAUUAUCAAUCAGGCUGCAGAAAGAGGCCCAUCAACUCUUGAUGAAUUUUGAAGAACCUUUGAAGGAUUAUGUUCGUGCUGUACAGUCCAUUAAGGCCACAAUAAGAGAGAGAGCCAAUACAUGCCGGGAAAAGGGAGAACUGGCAGAAACAAUGAAGUUGAAAGAGAUAAAUCUUGGCAAACUAGUGUUAGCACUAUCUGAUAGGGUGGGAGAAGCUGAGAUCGAGUACAAUGAGUCGAAGGCAGAGAGUGAGGAGGCAACAAGAAGAUUUGAGACAAUUGUGCGACGGAUGAGUGAUGAGAUUGUGCAAUUUCAGGAACAAAAGACACUGGACAUGGGAAUUGCUUUUCAUGAAUUUGCAAAGGGACAGUCUCAACUUGCAAAUAGUAUUGCAAAUGCCUGGCGAAGUCUUCUUCCCAAGCUUGAAGCUUGCUCCUUCACUCAAUAAUAAAUCAGUGCCAAAAACAUCAUUCUCAGCCACAGGGGGAUGUUCUUGCAGAUUAAGAAUGGCAGGAGUAGGUGCUCACCAUACUGUAACAAUCUUGUAUGAGUUUUGUUCUCUUUUUUUCCAUAUUGUUUUCUUGGGAUUAGCAUGUACAAAUUUGAAGCUAGAGUAAAAAGUUGCGCAGCACAAAAAACUUUCUCGUGUAUUUCAUAAUUUGAUUUUUGCAGUUGAUUUAUGCAUGAAAACACUAACCUUUGUUAUGGAUGU